AUGAAUCGUGUCAUUCUCAAUAAUGAAUCGACUGAAAAUGUGUAUGAAGAAAUAGCAGUACCAAUCAUAGACUCUGCCAUGCAAAGCUACAAUGGUACUAUAUUUGCCUAUGGGCAGACUGCUUCAGGCAAAACAUAUACCAUGAUCGGUUCCAAAGAUGAUUUAGGAAUAAUCCCCAGGGCAAUUCAUGACAUUUUCAACAAAGUUAAGAAGUUUCCUGAUAGGGAAUUUCUCUUACGUGUGUCUUACAUGGAGAUAUACAAUGAAACCAUUACAGACUUACUCUGUGACACUCAAAAAAUGAAACCUUUAAUAAUUCGAGAAGACUUCAGUAGGAAUCCGUAUGUGGGUGAUCUCACAGAGGAAGUUGUUUAUACACCAGAAAUGGCUUUGAAGUGGAUCACAAAGGGAGAAAAGAACAGACAUUAUAGAGUUACGAAAACGAAUCAGAGAAGCAGUCGUUCUCAUGCUAUUUUUAGGAUGAUUUUGGAAAGUAGAGAGAAAGAUGAACCCUCUAAUUGUGAAGGAUCUGUCAAGGUGUCCCAUUUGAAUUUGGUUGAUCUUGCAGGCUGGGAAAGAGCUGAAAAAACAGGUGCUGAAGGUGUGAAACUCAAGGAAGGCUGUAAUAUAAAUCGUAGCUUAUUUGUUUUGCGACAAGUGAUCAAGAAACUUAGUGAUGGACAAGAUGGCAAAUUAACACGAAUUCUCCAGAAUUCCUUGGGAGGAAAUGCAAAAACAUGUAUUAUCUGCACAAUUAUUCCAGUGUCUUUGAAUGAAACCCUGACUACUCUUCAAGAGAAAAAAAAGCUGCGACAAAUGUUAGAGUGUGUUACCGCAGAAAAGGAGCAACUGAAGACUGACCUGAGGGAGAGUACUGACAGGAUCCAAGAACUUAAGACAAAUGAACAUCAACUUUUUAAGUUAAAAGAAGAUGUCAGUGAGACACAGAAAAAAAUGUCUGAAAUAGAGAAAUUGAAGAAACAAUUCAAGACCCAAAGUUUAACUCUGGAUAAAAUGGAAAUGGAGAACUCAGAGCUGGCUCAGAAACUUCAUGAAAACCUUGAAGAAAUGAAAUCUGUAAUGAAAGAAAGAGAUAGUCUAAGAGUAGUAGAAGAGAAUCUCAAACUGGAGAGAGACCAACUCAAGGCAAACCUACAAGAAACCAUAGUUAGAGUGAGUUAUGCUCUUUCUUCCUAUCCAGUGAACAUGUUUUAA